AUGGCCGCGUCUGCACAGAAGCUUUUGGGUCGCUUGGGAACUAUUGGAGUAGGUUUGUCGAUCGCUGGAGGUAUUGCACAGACUGCUUUGUACAACGUUGAUGGAGGUCAACGAGCAGUCAUCUUCGACCGAUUCACUGGAGUGAAAAACGAGAUCGUCGGAGAGGGAACACACUUCCUUAUUCCAUGGGUACAGAAACCAAUUAUAUUUGACAUUCGGUCAACACCAAGAGUGGUUUCAACUAUCACAGGAAGUAAAGAUCUUCAAAACGUUAAUAUCACUCUUCGUAUUCUUCACCGACCAAGUCCUGACAAGCUUCCAAACAUCUACCUCACCAUUGGUAUGGACUACGCCGAAAGAGUCCUUCCAUCCAUCACAAAUGAAGUUUUGAAGGCUGUUGUGGCUCAAUUUGAUGCUCACGAGAUGAUCACUCAACGUGAGGUAGUUUCCCAGAGAGCUUCCGUUGCACUUCGCGAGCGUGCCGCUCAAUUCGGACUUCUUCUUGACGAUAUCUCCAUCACUCAUUUGAACUUCGGCCGUGAAUUCACUGAGGCCGUCGAAAUGAAGCAAGUCGCUCAACAAGAAGCAGAAAAAGCCAGAUACCUUGUCGAGAAGGCCGAACAAAUGAAGAUCGCUGCUGUUACCACAGCUGAAGGAGACGCCCAAGCUGCUAAACUUCUUGCCAAGGCAUUCUCCAGUGUCGGAGACGGACUUAUCGAAUUGAGAAAGAUCGAAGCCGCCGAAGAGAUUGCUGAGCGUAUGGCUAAGAACAAGAAUGUCACUUAUCUUCCAGGAAACCAACAAACCCUUCUCAACCUUCAAUCCUAA